CCGGCCCCGCCCCUGGCCAUGGCGGCGCCCUGCGCGGAGAUGGAGCCGGCGGCGCCUCCGGCCUCUGCCCCCGCUGCUCCCGCGGCCGCGCCGGGCUCGGCCGGGCUCGUGUGCGCGCAGGGCCGCAACCUGCGGGCCGUGCUGUGCCAGCGCUGCGGCUCCCGGGUGCUGCUGCCCGGCGCCGCCACCUUCGCCCGCCGUGAGCUCCUCCUGCCCGCCAUGAGGAAGAAGGCGGCGGCGGCGGCGGCGGGCGGCGGCGGGGACGUGCUGCGGGAGCACUGGCUGGUGCGCGACAUGUUCUCCUUCGAGAACGUGGGAUUCACCCGCGACGUGGGCAACGUCAAGUUCCUGGUGUGCGCCGACUGCGAGGCGGGGCCCAUCGGCUGGCACUGCCUCGACGACAAGGACAGCUUCUACGUGGCGCUGGAGCGCGUGGCCCACGAGUGAGGCCGGCCCCGGGCCGGGCAGCCCUGCGGAGUGCCCGCGGCUGGUCACCCCGAGCCCGACCGAGCACAGCUUGCCUGCUCCCCGGUGCCACUGACCCUCAGCUCCGCUGGCCACCCCCUUCCCAGAUCCACAGGCUGAGCAGCGCCGGGAAUUGCAGCCCUGGCACAGCCAGCUCCUCACCUGCACCCACACGGGAAGAGUUGGUGGUGGGAGGGUCCCUGCACCCUGCGGGGACAGCUCACGCUGACAUCUUUGCCUCGUAGCCCGGUCUGCCCCAGUCUGGCUGCUCUACCACGUCCCUGGUGGCUGCUGUUGCUCCAGGGGGCUGAGGUUCUCUCAUGCUGGUGGCCCUGUGACACCAUGUAAAUGGGGGCACUGGGACAGGGCACUGCACUGGCAGGACUCCUGCACUGAGUCGUGGCAGCUGAAACUGUCUGACUGCAGCCGCAGCAGUUCCAGGGCUUAAGGCUGAAUCUUCUGUUCAUUUUCAGAAGGAAUGUUCGCUGCCCCAAGCUCUUACAUUUAUGUUCUCCAAAACCUCAUCCCACCUGACAGCUGUGGCACCUGAAGUGAGUGUAAGGCAUUCCAACUAACCUGUGCAGUCCUAUUAACUGAGUACUUGGGAGCAAAACACAGGUAGAAUGUGCAGACAGCAUAAGCUGAUAGAGCAGCAAACAAAGAAAAUGUGCCAGACCAUAGAGCUCUCGGGAAGCAAGAGUGAAGAGAUUCCAGCCUGAAAAGCACCUGAAUCAUUGGACAGGCAGUGCUGAAGCAUGUCAGAACAUAUGUGUGUGUGUUAAACAGUGAUGUCAGGAAGGAAUUUUCUUCUGUAAAAGCUGGUGGUGAGAGUGAUCUGGGAUAUUGUGACCAGUUUUGGUUUCUGCCUUUUAAAAGCUGGGCACAGAGCUAAUUAAAGAUGGAAGGAGGCUGCAGCAGCCGUGGUUCUCCCUGCAUUUAUCACUGCUGGUAAUCGUGGCCCAGCUCAUUCUCCAUUGCUGAGCCCUGUAUGAAUGAGUGACAGAAGAGCUCUCCAGGGGUGUUUUGGGCUCCCUGGUGCUGUGCCUCUCUGUGGGACAUCUCCCUGUCCUCUGCUCAUAAGCCCUCGGGUACUAACCCAGCUGUGAGGGCACAGCUGUCACCGUGCUGGGGUGAUGGACCUGUUUGUGCCACCAAACUCAGGGUGGGGUGUAGGGUGCUGCCCCAAGGCUGUGGGAAGAACCUUUCUCUUGCCCCUGUAAUGAAACAAUUUUGCUGGCAGGGCUCUGUAGGGCAGGCACGGCCUCAGAUGAGUCUCCCAGGAGAGGCAUCCUGACAGUAGGAGGGGCAGAAACAAGUCCCUUCUUCCUGCAGUGCUUGAGCACCUGCACUUCUGUGAUUUGGAGACACUGCCUCAAUGUGUGGCCUGUUCUGGGGUGCUCUGUCAGGAACCCCUGCUGGGCAGUCAGGAUUUAUCAGAGCAGGGAGAGAGGCAGAACUGGGUCUGGGGGCUGAGGGCCUCGCUGGGGCAGGAGGCAGAUCCUGUCCUGUGUCCUUGCUAAAUGUGUCAGAUGGACAUUUGUCAUGGAGACUGCUUCUUCCCUCCUGCCCUUCCUGUCUCUUAGCCCUAAGCCCAGGGACUGCACAGGUUCAUCAAGAUGUGCCUCAAAGGACAAGAGAGCUUCACUUGGGUUCUGCACAGGCAUGGCAAAAUGGUGGGAUCACAUCACUAAUUUCACCCUUUCAUUUGGAUUGUUGUCUCUUAGGUAUUGUGUUCUGAUCUGUAAUACCCCAGUUACAGUCCAUGUUACUUAAAUAUGCUGCACUGCUCACGCCUCAUUUUGAAGAAGCCACUGUGCAGAACAGAUUGGAAAUCAGCUUGAGUAAUGCUGAGUAAAUGACCUCCAAGAAGUGGUACCUGUGGAUUCCUGAGUAGAGGGUGGCCCUGGGAGGAGCUGGGGGUGGUGGCAGCUUUCCCAGUCAGUAGAACACCCCUGGAGAGAUGGGAGAGCUCAGGUCAAAGCCUUCACAUUGGAAUGGCAGCAGCUGAAAUCCACCUCAGCACAGCCCUCAGAGUGCUGGGAGCUCCUGCUCCUCUUUGGUGGCAAAGGGGAGCUGAAUCCUCCACGCAUCCAGGUGUGCUUUCUGCUGGCUCUUAAAUACUAAAUAGGAUCACAUAGACUUGAAAUGAUAAGAAGAAAUGAACAGUGUGGUGGGAAUUGUUGGGAAGAAGCUUUUGUACCAUGAGAUCUUGGGCAUCAUUCAGCCUCAGGUAGGGCCUUGGGUUGCUGCAGCUUGGAGAGCCAUGAGAAGCACCCCUGCAGUGCUGGUGGCACGGGCAGAGACCUGGGGCAGCUGUGCAGCCCAGCUCUCAGUGAGCACCUGGGCUGGUUCAUGUUCCCAGAGGUGACUGAGAAUUUCAGGGGUGGGCAGGAGGUGGGGAGAAGGCAGUGUCACCGUGUGGAAUUUGAGCUCAGGCAGCUCUGCUGUGCUGUUAGUGGAGCUUUGGGGGAGGAGUGCCCCAGUCAGCAGACAUGGCCUGGGGGAAGAGCUGCUGCUGCUCCACUGGAUGCAUCCCCAGGUUUGGGAUCUGCUGAAGCUGCACCGUUCCUGUGUCAAUGAGAGCUAAUAAAAAUUCACAUAGACUCACAAA